AUGGCCUCUGAAGCCCCCUACGACCCUUAUAUCCCGGCCGGUGGCCAGGGCGCGACAGCAACCGCAGGCGCCUCCCAAAAUGGCAACCAGCGAACAGCCGCAUUGCAAGCGCAAAUUGACGACACCGUCGGUGUGAUGCGCGAGAAUAUCAACAAAGUCUCCCAGCGUGGUGAGCGCCUCGACUCUCUCCAGGAUAAGACCGACAACCUGGCUGUAUCAGCCCAGGGGUUCCGCCGCGGCGCCAACCGUGUGCGCAAGCAGAUGUGGUGGAAGGAUAUGAAGAUGCGUGUAUGCCUGGUCAUUUGCGUGAUCGUCCUGCUGGUCGUGAUCAUUGUGCCGAUUGCGGUUACCAAGGGAUAA